UGGGCUUUUCAGCAAUGGCUAAACGCGGCCUAGUAGGGCUGCGGUCCGAAACACGCCCACAGUACCACUAGUGCUCACAACGCUCACGAUUGGUCCGAUUCAUUAAGCGUGCUAACGCCGCUUUUAUUUCGGACCGCCUGUAGUUGUGAGCAAAAAUUGCAAAGAAACAUAACCUGUAUAAACAUUGUGUGAUGAAGUUUUUAAAAAAUCGUGAUAAUAUAAUGGCUAUAGAAAAUAAAGCAGUGUUAUUGCAAUUAAUGGAAAUUGCAUUCGAGAAUUCAGAGGAUGAUGAUGAUGAAUAUUNAAAUUUUGUAAUUAAUUCGUCAAGUAGUGAUGAAGAUGAAGAGGAAAUAGAAACAAUUUCUAUUGUAAGCAACAAUAGAAAAAAAGAAAACAAACGGCCUCGAAUUGAAGGUUUUGUGGAAAGGAUUAUCCCUGGAUAUACCGCGGAAAAAUUCAAAAUACAUUUUCGAUUACUUCCGACGACUUUUGAUUUUAUUAUAAGCCUAAUAGGACCAAAUUUNAAUUUUACGAAGUCAUUCUCAGGUAGAAAGCCUAUUCCAGCAUAUAAACAAUUACUUAUGGCUUUAUGGAUGAUGGCCACACCAGAUUCAUACAGAUCUGUGUGUACUAAAUUUAAUAUGGAAAAAGCAACAGCAAUUCGCGCCAUGAGACGAGUCACAUAUGCUUUGCAUAGCUUAGCUCCUCGUUUCAUUCAAUGGCCUNAAGGAAGAAAAGCUACUGAAGUAAUAGCGGCAUUUAAACGUGUGAGUGGAUUCCCAGAUGUGAUAGGGGUUAUAGAUGGCACACAUGUGGAAAUACGAUCUCCUCAGAAUGACGAUUAUCAAGCAUAUAUAAACAGAAAAGGAUAUCCAUCAAUACAUGUACAGGCUGUAUGUACUCAAAAAUUAUUGUUCACAAGUGUGUUUGUUGGAAAUGCUGGAUCUGUGCAUGAUGCUCGAGUUUUCAGAAUCUCACCAGUUGCUGGAUAUAUUGAAAAUCCAGAAAUGUACUUUCCAAACNAUAGUCAUCUUGUUGGUGAUGGUGCUUAUGGUAUCCAUCCAAAUUUANUGGUUCCAUUUAAAGAUAAUGGCCACUUAAGUCUUAGACAAAAAAAUUUCAAUUUAUGUUUAUCGUCAGCCCGAGUUGCAAUCGAAAGAGCCUUUGGUGUCUGGAAAGGACGCUGGAGAAGUAUUUUANAUUGCUUGCCUAUGACUACUUUAGAGAAAAUACCAGAAUACAUAGUUGCAACUAUGGUCUUGCAUAAUGUAUGUAUAUUGAGCGGGGAUCUAGUUGAUAUUAAUCUGGAGCUAAAUCAACAAAAUGUUAUCCAACGUAGUAGAUUAAUACCAGGUAGAACAGAUGAAGGCAAUAUAAAACGACAAAGAAUAAUGAAUGCUUUGAUUAUGAGGAACAGUUGAUGUAAUAUUUUUUGUCAAAUAUAAAAA